GGGCGGGGUUUGGUCAGCCUGGGGACUCGGUGUCUGUGCCGCUCCGUCUUGCCUUCGCACUCUCUGUCUCUAUCUGUCAUCUGCAUUCUGGCUCUCCUCGCUUGGGCAGCUUCUCCUUUCUGUCUAACGGCGAUCGGCUCAGCGUAACCGCCUCCCUCUAUUCCAGCCACCAUGAUCCCUGACAAGACACCUGUUGAGAAAGGCGUCUAUCACCCUGCUUCUGAAGUUACCAACGGAGCUCAUAUCUCGAAUUUCCAAAAGUACAAGGAUCUUUACUUACAGUCCAUACAGAACCCUGAAGAGUUCUGGGGGAAAAUUGCUAAAGAAUUUUACUGGAAAACUCCCAAAACUGGCAGUUUCUUCGAUUAUAACUUUGAUGGCUCAAAAGGCAAAAUUUACAUCAAAUGGAUGGAAGGUGCAACCACCAACAUAUGUUACAAUAUGUUGGAUAGAAAUGUCAAGGAGAAAAACCUGGGGGAUAAGAUUGCAUUUUACUGGGAGGGGAAUGAACCUGGAGAUUGUAUGCAGAUAACUUACAAAGAACUGUUGCAGAAAGUCUGCAAAUUUGCCAAUGUCCUGCAAUCUCAUGGAGUGAAGAAAGGAGACAGAGUUUCAAUCUACAUGCCGAUGAUCAUAGAACUGGUUGUUGCCAUGUUAGCUUGCACCAGAAUAGGAGCAAUACAUUCCAUUGUGUUUGCAGGUUUUUCUGCGGAAUCUCUGUGUGAACGAAUUCUGGAUUCUUACUGUUCUCUGCUAGUUACAGCAGAUGGAUUUUACAGAGGGGAUAAACUUGUAAACUUGAAAGAGCUGGCUGAUGAAGCACUCAAGAAGUGCAGAGAGAGGGACUUCCCUGUUGGAAAAUGUAUUGUUGUAAAGCACUUGGGAGUCACUGAAGCUGCAGAAGAAAGUUGUAUAAAUACAGCUUCCACUGAUGCACAGUCACCACCUGCAAAACGAUCCUGUUAUAACAUGCAGGAUAAGGACAAUGUGAAAGCAAAGAAUGUUCAUCAUAAAAUAAAGACUCCAUGGAAUGUAGAUGUUGACCUCUGGUGGCAUGAUUUAAUGAAGGAAGCCAGUGAUGAAUGUGAACCUGAAUGGUGUGACUCUGAAACUCCUCUCUUUAUCCUUUAUACUAGUGGAUCGACUGGAAAACCAAAGGGUGUGCAGCACACAGUUGGAGGCUACCUUCUUUAUACUGCUACAACUUUUAAGUAUGUGUUUGACUACAAACCUGAUGAUGUGUAUUGGUGUACAGCUGAUAUAGGAUGGAUUACAGGCCACUCAUACCUUGUUUACGGCCCUCUGGCCAAUGGUGCUACAAGUGUUAUGUUUGAAGGUAUACCGACUUACCCUGAUAUAAGUAGAUUCUGGGAGGUUAUUGACAAAUACAAAGUGACAAAAUUCUACACUGCACCCACAGCUAUUCGAUUGCUAAUGAAAUAUGGAGAAGAACCAGUCAGAAGGUUUAGAAGAGAGUCUUUGAAAAUCCUUGGCACAGUGGGAGAAGCAAUAAACCCAGAGGCCUGGCUUUGGUACUAUAAUGUAGUGGGGAACAGGAAAUGUCCAAUUAUGGAUACCUUCUGGCAGACUGAGACUGGUGGUCACAUGAUUACUCCUCUUCCAGCUGCCAUCCCACUGAAGCCAGGGUCAGCUACUUUUCCCUUUUUUGGCGUCGUUCCUGCUGUUCUCAAUGAAUCUGGAGAAGAACUGGAAGGAGAGGCCGAAGGUUAUUUGGUGUUCAAGAAGCCUUGGCCAUCCAUAAUGCGUACAAUUUAUGGCAACCAUCAGCGUUUUGAAACCACCUACUUUAAGAAGUUCCCUGGAUAUUUUGUCACGGGAGAUGGUUGCAGGAGAGAUAAAGAUGGUUAUUACUGGAUCACUGGAAGGAUCGAUGACAUGCUCAAUGUAUCUGGGCAUCUUUUGAGCACUGCUGAAGUGGAGUCUGCAUUAAUAGAACACACAGCUGUAGCUGAAGCUGCUGCUGUAAGUCAUCCCCAUCCGAUAAAAGGAGAAUGCCUCUACUGCUUUGUCACACUGAAGGCUGGAUAUGAAUUUACUGAAACAUUGGUUGCUGAACUAAAAGAUCAAGUUCGAGUGAAAAUAGGACCUAUUGCUGCUCCUGACUAUAUACAAAAUGCUCCUGGGUUGCCCAAAACUCGUUCCGGUAAAAUUAUGAGACGCAUUCUGAGGCAGAUUGCCCGAAAUGAGAGAGAGCUUGGAGAUACAUCAACUCUUGCAGAUGGGGCAGUUAUAGAAGAACUCUUCAACAACCGAUGUGGAACAAUUUAAAACUGUGUUUCUCAAUUCAAAUCGUUGUUUGUAACACAUAAUUUAAGUAUAUGUGCAUGCCUGGGGAAGGGCAUUCCAGAUCUAUGGGAAGCCUAAUAGUAAAGGACCAGAAGAAGCAUUGUAAAGAUUAUGGUGAUGAUUGAGUUGUGGGUAAUUGUCUUGUUAGGUUUUUGUUUUAAAUGCAUAUCUUAUAACAGAAUUAAUAUGAAUAAACUGUCCAUUAGCAAAGAGUUUAUUAAGUUUUAGUACGUUUUAAAAAAAAUCAUUUUGAACAUUUUUAUUUUCAUUGUGCUUUCUGUAUUUUUAUACAAGUAUUUUUCCUUGCUUCAGUGUCAAUUUAACAAUCAUUCCAAGCCUGUUUUAAGCAUGUGUUAAAUCAUUUGUUUAAACUAAUGUACAAUGAUUAUUCAGUUAUUCAAACAAAUGAAAAUGAGUUGAUUGAUGAACAGUUCCCAUGUGGAUUGUCUAAAAUAUCUGACAGUAUUCUUUGUUUUUGUUUGCUUUCCCUGGCCCAUACCACUGUAAACUAGAAUUGUCCCUUUCAGUUUGGACUGUUAAUAAUUAUGGGCAUGUGACCUUUUCUUUAAAAGUAGGGAAAAUUUACUUUUUGGCAGAGAAAUAAACAAGUGGGAUUAUUCUUUUAAUUUGUGAAGUGUUAGUCACAGCAUUGCUUCUGCUAAAAUGGGGAUUGUUUAUUUACCAGAUUAUAAUUUUAAAAUCAUACAAGCGACCUUUGUUUAUGUGGAUCAAUUCAGGUUGUACAAAACCAUACUUUUUAAAUCGAAUAAAAAUGAAGAUAUUAAUGUUUGCAAAUGCUGUGUCUUGCAAUGCAUUAACUGUUAAAUAUUAUGAUGUGUACUGCAAUUAAAGC